UUUAUACAACGUAAGCAAGGCUUGUCAACUUUUUUGACUGCUGCCUUAGUUUGUGUUUGUGAUGUGUCAUCCUGAACCUCUGUGAAAUUUUUAAAUUGUGCUGCACAGAAAUAAUAAGAAUGUUAUUGGUUCUGUUAUGUUUUUAACAUGUUAUUGAUUAACAAGGUAAAAAAUCUUCAGACUUUCAGUUCUUUAAUUGUUUCUCACUCUUCACUGUUCUUGCUGUGGAAAGGCCACGAAUAAAUUAAAUUUAAUCUUAGUGGACUUAUUAGUGACAGAAAAUGCAGAUCAUGUCAUCAUGAUCUGUGUAACAUUUUUUUACGUGACAUCUCUACUCCAGCUGGCACCACCAAUCCCUACCAUAAUGCCGGCUCUUCUCGAGAGGCCCAAACUGUCUAAUGCCAUGGCACGUGCCUUACACAAGCACAUUAUGAGAGAGAGGGAGCGGAAGAGGCAAGAGGAGGAAGAGGUUGACAAAAUGAUGGAGCAGAAACUAAAAGAAGAGGAAGAGAGGAAGAGGAAGAAAGAGAUGGAGGAGAGGAUGUCCUUAGAGGAGACUAAAGAGCAGAUUAUGAAGAUGGGAGUGAAGCUACAAGGUCUUCAAGAGGAGAAGCACCAGCUUUUCCUACAGCUGAAGAAAGUCCUACAUGAGGAGGAGAAAAGACGACGGAAAGAACAGAGUGACAUGACAACUCUGACUUCAGCAACAUACCAGCCAAACAUGGCCCUCCACCAUGGACAGCACCUUCUUAGCAUGCAAGCGGGUCAGGUGAGUCAUGGGCGCCCAGGUGCUCUUCUUGGGGAACGCAGUAAACAGCUCUUCCAGUCUCCAGUCAUUCCUUCGCGUCAUUUCCAGUCUCAGCCGGCAUUUAGUACCGGUGGGGCAGAGCAUGGCCAGUACUCCGGAGCUCAGGCGAGUCACAGCCCGUAUGGAGUCACUCAGCAACAGCAUACAUCACCUUUUGCCUCCAGUCAGCCAGUGCCAGCCAACUAUGCCAGUGGUUCACAACUUAGAGGUGCAUCAGCUUUCCAGGCCAUGCAGUACCUGCCACAUCAGCAGCAGGGCUAUGCUGUCCACAGUCACUUCACCUCGCAGCCAGGUUACAUCCCCAGUGCUGGGAUUCCCCUGCAAAAACAGCUGGAACAUGCCAACCAGCAGUCCGGCUUCACAGACUCUAGUUCACUGAGGCCCAUGCAUCCACAGGCUCUACAUGUCAGUGCUGCAGGUUUGCUGCCCACUCCCUCUAUUGCUGUCCAGCCAAAGUCUGGAUUAUCAUAUGCACAUCCACCAAGGGCAGCUUCCCCAGGUGCAUUCACGCAUGGAACGCCCUCACAACAAGCACAUGCAGCUACAUUUCAAAGCUCUUCUCAACCAACCACUCGCCACACCUACCUCUCUCACAGCCAAUCAGGGCAGAGGUUUUACCACCAUAGCAAAUAGCUAUUCGUUUCAGUCUAAAGCAGAGUGUUCGGGGUAGAAGAACAGAUUCGCCACUUACACUUUGGAGCCUUUUGGAAUUAAAGCUACACAGCACACAACGCUUGGCAUCAUAGUGUUAUCACGUAGAACACAUGACUGUAUUACUCUCACAUCCAAGUCAUUUUCUCUAUUCUUCAGCUGUUAUACCUCACUUUGCAACAGGGUACGUCAUUUAUUUCAAUAUUACAGUGGGAUGUGUCUGAAUGUUUCUGUUAUUCAUAUGAAGACAUUGACAACAGCUGUGCCAACAUUAGUAACAUUACAAAACCACCAUUAAAUGACACAACUAAAGUUAAAUCUGGUUUUAAAAACUAACUAAACAAUGCAGAAACAGAUUAGAAGAUUAUAUUCCCAUGUCCAGUAACAGACCUCCCACUCAGGGCCAUCUAUAAUUUGCAUUAACACUGAUGAAUGCACCUCUUCCCUAAUGCAAAGAAUAGGGAAAUAAUAUUUUCAUAUGAUUUUAAAUUGUAAUGUAAUGUUUUUAGCCAACCAACUGAAUUUCACAAAAUUGCACUUAAAAAUACGAAUUUUAUUAAUAAUCUGUUUUUAAAAAACGUGUUAAAAUAGUAAUAAAGAGGUGUGUAGAAAAAUAAA